AACGCCCUUUCUUCUUGAUGUGCAGGAUCCUUGUGGGCGCACCAAAGGCCGAGUCCAAGUACAGCACGUCAGUGAAGUCCCCGGGGGCUGUGUUUAAGUGCCGCAUCCAUACCAACCCCGACCGGAGAUGCACUGAACUGGAUAUGGCUCGAGGGAACCAUCGAGGAACAUCCUGCGGAAAGACCUGCCGGGAAGACCGGGAUGAUGAGUGGAUGGGGGUGAGCCUGGCCCGGCAGCCCAAGGCCGAUGGCCGAGUUCUGGCCUGUGCCCACCGCUGGAAGAACAUCUUCUACGAAACAGACCACAUCCUGCCCCACGGCUUCUGUUACAUCAUCCCAUCCAACCUCCAGGCCAAAGGCAGGACGCUGAUCCCUUGCUAUGAAGAGUAUAAGAAGAAGUACGGAGAAGAACACGGCUCCUGCCAGGCUGGGAUAGCAGGCUUCUUCACCGAGGAGCUGGUGGUGAUGGGCGCCCCGGGGUCGUUUUAUUGGGCUGGGACGGUCAAGGUGCUGAACCUGACGGACAACACCUACUUCAAGCUGAACGACGAAGCGAUCAUGAACAGGCGCUACACUUACCUGGGCUAUGCGGUUACCGCCGGCCACUUCUCUCAUCCGUCCACCACCGAUGUGGUAGGAGGCGCCCCCCAGGAUGAAGGCAUUGGGAAGGUUUAUAUUUUUCGGGCUGACCGAAGAUCAGGCACCUUAAUUAAGAUUUUUCAGGCCUCAGGUAGAAAGAUGGGCUCUUACUUCGGCUCCUCCUUAUGCGCAGUUGACCUGAACGCGGACGGCCUCUCCGACCUGCUGGUGGGGGCCCCCAUGUUUUCUGAGAUCAGGGACGAGGGGCAGGUCACCGUCUACAUCAACAGAGGAAAUGGAGCCCUGGAGGAGCAGCUGGCCCUGAGCGGGGAUGGCGCCUACAACGCACACUUUGGGGAGAGCAUCGCCAGCUUGGGGGACCUUGACGACGACGGGUUCCCAGACGUGGCCGUCGGCGCGCCCAUGGAGGACGACUUCUCGGGCGCCGUCUACAUCUACCACGGGGACGCCGACGGGAUAGUCCCUCAGUACUCGAUGAAACUGUCCGGGCGGAAGAUCAGUCCAGUCCUGCGGAUGUUCGGGCAGUCCAUGUCAGGAGGCAUCGACAUGGACGGGAACGGCUAUCCCGAUGUAACUAUUGGAGCCUUCAUGGACGACAGCGUGGUUCUUCUAAGGGCGAGACCGGUCAUCACGGUGGACGUCUCCAUCUUCCUCCCCGUCUCCAUCAACAUCACGGCGCCCCAGUGUCGCGACGGACAGCAGCCCGUGAACUGCCUGAAUGUCACCGCCUGCUUUCGCUUCCGCGGCAGGCACGUGCCCGGAGAAAUCGGCCUGAAUUACGUUCUGACGGCGGAUGUGGCGAAAAAGGAAAAGAGCCAGCUGCCCCGGGUCUACUUUGUGCUUCUGGGAGAGACCGUGGGCCAGGUCUCGGAGAAGCUGCAUCUGGCGCACAUGGAGGAGACGUGUCAUCACUACGUGGCGCAUGUGAAGCAGCAGCGUGAUCCUGCGGGAGCUUCACACCGUCCAGCAGCUACUUCCACGCAGGAAUUUUCCCAAGGACGCCAGGUAGAUGCUGAUGGUUUCCAGACCCCGAGGCUGCUGCUAACCAUCGGCGUGAGCAGUGCGAGGCUGCUCUCUGAUCGGAAGCAGACGUGAACUCCAUCCGCACAGGCGUGAACAAGAUUCUCACCACAUCGCGGGGCUUGCAUGUCUUCCUUUAAGCAGAAUCUUAAAGUCAAAAUGGAUGGCUUUAUUUUUCUAAAAAUGAAAAAAUAAUCCCAAAG